CACCUCCCCAGUGUCCAGCAGCAGUGCAUGAACACCCUCAUUCCCAAGCUGCCCACAGCUGUUGGCACACCAAGAAAGAAGCUGUCCGGACACCAUCCAGUCUUGGGCCUGCAAAGGUGUGAAUGGAGGGGCUGUGUGGCUCUUCCCCAGGGAUGCUCUGCAGACAUCUACCACCCCUAGUGCAGUGAGACAACACAGCCGGUCCUGAGUCCUGGUCCUGGAGGCUGGGGGAGGUCAGAACAUGUGAGCGAAGAGGGAAUGUGUCUCCAUCCUGGGCAGCCCAAGGGAUCCUGCACAGCAGCCGAAUCAGUCCCUCCUGGUGUUCACAUCUGGAGUUUGGACAGUUCUGAUCUCAGAGGUGAAGAGUGUGAAUACUACUCUCCCAGCCUGCCUGAGCUCCUGCCCCGUGGGGACCGCCUGGAGGGCACCACAGCCACACGCUGGGGAAAAUGGUGGCAGAAGAAGACCAUGGCAUCAGGUGAGGCUGGGGUGGUGGAGCCAAGUAAACCCCCUACCAAGGCAGCAGAAUACUCACUAGAAACCUCUUCAGUGCUGCUGGCUGUCAGGGAGUGCUUUCCAUCAGAGAUUUCACUCUUCUUCUGUGUUGAGAGCCGCUCUUCCCAGUGCCUCAAUUCCCAGCUCCAGGAAGCAGCCAAAAAGAAGUUGUGGGCCCUGCAGAGUGAUGACAGAAGUGUCUGUGCCCUGUUCAAGGAGCUGUCAGCCAGGCUGGUCUGUAUGAAAGCACAGGAGAAUCGCUUCAUCCUCACCUUCAAAACUCUAGAAGAAGUCUGGAAGUUUUCCACCUAUCUGACGUUAGGGUACGUGGGCAGCUGCUUGGAGCAGCUUCUCUUUGACCAGGAGUACUGGCUAGACUGUGCUCUGAUGGAGGACACAAAGAUCACAGUUACUGUGGAUGAAGAUCGCUUGGCCAGCAUAUAUGUCGGUUUGCUGCUCCAGGAAGGUAACUUUUUUUCCAGAGCAGCAGCCAGUGUUUGUCAGAAGCAGGAGGGAGAGGAAGACCUUCAGCUCUGCAGGAACGAGCUGAUCUAUGUGAAGAAUAUUGGAAAAGAGUCCAAGUGGGAAGGGGUGUCCUUACUGACAAAUCAACGAGGCCUAGUGCCUGUGACAGCCAUAGAACAAGUACUUCACCCGUUUUACCAGUGGUUUCUGAAGAAUUAUGCUGUGAGUUUUGGCAUCUCCCAGGAGAUCAGCGGGAUGAACUCUCAGCCAAUUGUCAAAGGCAGGUGCAUAGCCACAGAGGACUACAGAGGAGCAGCAGGGGAUGAACUGAGUUUCUGCAAAGGAGACAGCAUAGAAGUCAUCGGCUUCUUCAUUCCAGGACUUACGUGGUUUGUGGGCAAAUCCCUCAGCAGUGGGAACAUUGGCUUUGUUCCAGCCCGAUACAUAAGUCUGGAGGCUUGUGAACCUUUGGGAAAGAGCUUGGUGUUUCUGAGUGAAGAAGAAAAAUCACCUCUCCUGCGCAUCCUCUGUAAUGGUGGUGAGCAGCGCUUCACCACCCUUCUCAGUGACCUGGCACGCACUGAUAUCACCUCUGUGUACCGGCUGGAUGGUUUUGAACCCACAGCCGUGUUCCUGAAAGUGCCAUCAAAGGCUGUUCUCUGUGACUGUAAGGAUAUCCAAUUGCUCCAGUCCUGGGAGGAAAUAAAUGGCUUGGCUACGACUAGCACCUCUGAGCUGUCUAGCCCAGAGAGUGAAUCAGACCCUGCCAUGGUGAAAGAUAUUUUCCUGGAGAAGCUGAAUGACUUCGAUGAUCCCAAGUUCUUUAUUGACCUCAAUGCUGGAUACAUGGAAGAUGCUGAUGUCUUUGACCCGAUAUUGACCUUCCUUAACCAAGAUAGUUAUGUGACCAGUUUUCAAAGUCUCUAUGAUCAUCGUUUUUCCUUUCACAAUUCCACCUUUGGUGGUUUCUCUGAUGAGGAUGAGCUGGUCUUGUACCUUGAGACGUCCAGGAACAGGGCCAAGAGGACUCAUGCAGUUUGGGCUCAUGUCAGGCUCUGUUUUCUCUUGGGUAAGCUCUGCAUCAAAAAGGUCAAGUUGUCCCAGGCCCGAGUCUACUUUGAGGAAGCCAUGAGCAUCCUGGACAGGAGUUUUGGGGACCUACCCCUGCUGGCUGCGUUGCAUGUGAACCUUGCCUCCAUCUACUUGAAACAGAACAUGAAAAGCAAGUUCUCCCCCUUGCUGGGAAAAACAGUUGCCUUGCUUGUUUGCUUGCCUGAUCGCUCUUUCAGCUCUGCAAAUGAAUUAGAAUUCAUGAUGUACGUCCUAAGGGAAGCCAUUGCUGUGGGCAACACUCCCUUGGAGGCACGGGUUUGCUUCCUUAUUGUCAACCUGUUCCUACAGCUGGGCAAAACAGAUGAAGUUUUGCCCUUUACUGAGCAUCUUCAGUGUCUCACAACCACUAUACUCAGCCCAGAUACUAGUUCUGUGCCAUUGGAUGCCACCCCUGUCUUGAGCUACCUGUAUGACAGGAAGUAUUUGCCAAAUAUUGCACUGGCCUCUGCCAGGUCAUUUGUUCCCAGUAACAUCAAGGAGGCACCAACACCCAUUUGGAGAGCUGGCUUCAUCCUCCAAAAUGCUUCAAAACUCCUGGGAAGCCAGCUGGAGAAGAGCAACAUCCCAGCACUGGCUUGUUACUACCUGAAGCAGGCAUUGCACUUCUCCUGUGAAACCAGAGCUGCGUCUGCCCAGAGGACGCUCUGUACCAUCUUAUCCAGGAUGUACCUACAGCAUGGUGUGUUGGACGGGGCUGUUUGUUACGCAGCCAUGGCCGUAACCCUCAGCAGACUGAUGGGCGAGGAGGAAGCUUUUGAGUCUUCCCUCUCUUUGGGGUGGAUGUAUCUCCUGAACGACCAGCCUGGCCCAGCUGCAAACAUCAUGUGGCAGCUCUUGCGCUCUCUGCAUGGAACGGAGAGCAUGACUCAGGCAGGAGCUGUGCACAAUCUCCUGGCCAUCGCCCUCAAAGGAGACGGGCAGGUGCAAACAGCUGCAAAGAACUACCUCCAGGCUCUGCACAAAGCCAGGGAGACUGGGAACAAGAGGAACCAGGCUAUUGCUCUGGCUAACCUAGGGCAGCUGAGCCUCUCACAGGGGGCGAACCAGCUGUCUGAGCUCUAUCUGCUGCAGUCAACUCAGCAGUAUGCUGAGCUCCAGGGCAGUGAAGAUCUGGAGAUGGAGUUGGUGUGGGUGCUGCUGUGGCUAGCGCAGGCCAUGGUGAACAGGCAGAAAGUGGAAGAUGCUAAACUCUGUUACGAAUUGGCAUUGUUUUUUGCCCUGAAGUGGCAUAACGUGACAAGUCAGCUUCAUGUCACUGAGUCUCUCUGCCAUUUCUACCACAAAGUGUCCCUCAAUCUCCAGGCCUGCAUUACCUACCAUGAGCACUGGGUAUCUUUGGCACAACAGCUGCAGGACAGAGAGAUGGAAGGCGAUGUAUUACAGACUCUCAGCCAGCUCUACCAGGCUUUGGGCACAUCUGAGGCUUUGAGACACUCACUGGACUGCACCAAACAGAGUCUAAGGAUCUUCAUUGACCUUGAGGAGACUGUAAAAGCAGCAGAGGCCUGGCUGCAGGCAGGAAGGCUCUACUAUCUUAUGCAGGAAGAUGAGCUGGUGGAAAUGUACUUUCAGGCAGCCAUUCAGACUGCUCUGAAAUCCAAGAACUUCUCCUUGGCCAUGGAUCUUUAUGAAAAAGCAGGUGAUACCUUUUUUAAUGGCAGCCGGAACAGAGAUCGAGCAGUGGAGUUUCUUAGGGAAGGUGCUGUGCCCUUGGCCAGGAAACUAAAGGCCACUAAGACAGAGCUACGGCUGUUUAAUAAGCUGGCAGAGCUGCAGAUUGGGCUGCGGGGCUACGAGAAGGCACUGGAGUUUGCCAUGCUGGCAGCCAGGCUGAGCGUCAGGGUCGGAGACCAAUUGCAAAAGCUGGUUGCAUUCCACCGCCUGGCUACAGUCUACUAUUUGCUGCAUAUGUACGAGAUGGCAGAAGAGUGCUACCUGAAGGCACUUGCCAUGUGCCCCCCAUUGCUGCAGUGCUCUGGAGAGGCCUUGUACUACUGCAAGGUGUAUUGCCACCUUGGCAACCUGGCCCUGCACAAACUGAAGGAUGGACAGGAUGCAGCAGUCUUCUUCCUCCUGGCCCUCGCCGCAGCGAUUGAGCUGGGAAACAAGGACCUGCAAGACCUCAUUCGUGCCAAGCUGUGGGACAUCCCCAUAGCUGUGAUUCCGGACUGUGCCACGUACCAGCCCAGAUGGCUGAGCAAAGGCAGCCACAUCAUCUGACUGACCCACCACCCCGAGGACUCAAGUGCAAGCCAUUAAGCAAUGUCUUGCUGUGUAGGCUAGAUAAGAGAUAAUUUGUGGCCAGCUGAGUUGGACUUAAUUGCUGCAGCUGUGAGAUCCUGAGAAGUGGCCACUCACUUGGGUGGGUAGGUAGCUGCUGACAAGGCGAUAAGGUUAUAUAAAGCCUUGUGGUAAAGGAAUUCGUUAGAGCACCCGAACAGGAGGAGUUACAGCAACUCCCAAAUGGAGAUCCCGAUGUCAAGUGGUGCCCGACGUGGGGCAGGGUAUUUCAGUCACGGCAUUGCCGCACCACUGGCACAGAUCCAUGUGCUCUCCAGAACAGCCAGCCUGGAAGAGGUGCUGUGCUGUGUCCUAAGGAGCUGUCAGCGUUUGGACUUCUUUCCUCAAUGCCAAAGGACCAAGCACGCUGGACCCUACCCUCAUUUUUUGGGAGCCAAGCUGUGUGCCAUGUGCCUGCCUGUCCCAUGGGACAGCACAGGUCAACCCCAAUGUGCUUUAACUUGAAUAGCAACUUCUUUAUUUA